UUUCUUGAAUAAACAAAUAAACAAUUGUGAACUGUCGAAAAGUAAACACGAUCGACUAUGGAUCGAAAGACCAGCAGACGAUGUUUUGGUUUACGGUCGUAAACAGUGUCUUAGUGUAUUAUUAAUUAAAAAAAUAAGAAAUUACUCCAAAACUAUUUUUUAAGUGUAACUUGUAUCAAAGGAGCACAUUUUCAAUGUUAUAAUUCAUGCUAGAUUUGUGUAUGAGUAUCGAAGAAGACAUGGAUAAAAAAUAUAUACCGUGUUAUACUAAAUAUUGUUUUGUGCCUGAGUGUUCAAAUACGUCCAUGAAGCAUCCUGAAAAACUAUUUAUAUCAGUUCCAAGAGCAAAAAUUCGAGAAAAAUGGUUUAAAGUAGCCAAACGUAAUGAGAAAUAUAUUUCAAUCAAAUCGACACUCUACUGCUGUGAGGAUCACUUUGAUUUACCCAAUGACAUGGAAAAUUAUAUGGUCUAUAAAAUAAUGGGCUCGGUUCAGAAAGUUUCGAUGAAAAAGGGAUGUUUACCAUCUAAAUUCGAUUGUCAAAAAAGUCGAGUUAACAGAAAUUCUGCGGUUCCGAAAAUCCGAACUGCAUAUUUGAAAAGACAACGAUUGUCAAUAUUAAAAGAAAUAGAAGACGGAUUAGCAGUUAAGACAGAACACAUAGAUUUACCAUCGGACAAUCUUGAUAAAAAUACGUCUGAACAAAAAUUGAUUACUGUUGACAAUCUUAAAAUUAUCAUAGAAAAUAAAGAUAUUAGUUUUGAAGAAGAUCAGACGUUAAUUCCGGAAAAACACAUAAAAAUUGAACAACAAUUUGAAGAUGAAAUUAUUGAAAAUGAAGAAAAUGAAACCAAGGGAUUUGAAGAAAUAUUUAUUGAAGGUGGAAGUCUUAAAAAUGAAGAACAAUUCAUUCACGGCGAAGAUAUUAAAACUGAAUUAAACUCAGAAUUAAUUAUUAAAGAAGAAAGCACCGAUGAAAUACUGGAAGAAUCCUCUUAUUCAUGUGAUUUAUCUGAAUACGAUUUAAUUGAACAUACACAAAUUGAUAAUGGAGAAAAAUCAUUUUCAUGUGAUUUUUGUAAUGAAACAUUUACCCAAAAAUUCAAAUUUGUUUAUCAUCAACGAUUGCAUACUAGAGAAAAACCAUUUUCAUGUGAUGUCUGUGAUAAAUCAUUUACACAGAAAAUUGGCAUACUUAAAAGGCCACAUGCAUGUAAUAUUUGUAAUAAAAAAUUUGUUCACAAAAAUCAAUUGAUUAUGCAUAAACGAAUGCAUAUCGGGAAAAAUUCGUAUUCUUGUGCUAUUUGCAACAAAACCAUUACUCAACGAAAUAGUGCCAUAAAUGAUCUCAUAUUGGAAAAAUACAGUUUCUUAUAAAUGACCAUGUUAGGGAAAAGCUUUAUUUUAUAGUCCGCGGGACAGUAGACUAUUUUUUUUAAAUAAUCAACGCAUACUUGAAACUUCGUGAGUGGCUUCCUUUUGGCGAGUCUACCAAAAAACUUUCUCUUUACUACUUUUAUUUCGAAGAAAGUUGAGAUUUGAAAAAUUUAAAAAGAGGUUUUCAAUUCAUGAACGUAUUAAACCUUGGGGGGCAGAAAGGAUGCUUUGUUUGAUAAAUACAUAAUUGAAACUUUUUGAGUGGCUGCCUUUUGGCUAGUCUACCAAACUUCUCUCUACGACUUUUUUCGAAAGUGUUGCAUUAUCGAAUGAGCAUGAUACGGAACUGCUGCGUUUUUUCAAACUGAUAGCUUAAUAUGACGUUAUCAUGCUCAUUUGAAAACGCAGCACUUUCGAAACAAGUCGUAGAAAGUUUGAUAAACUCGCAAAAGGAAACCACCCAUGAUGUUUCAACUAUGUAUCAAUCUGUAUCAAUCAUUUUACAAAAAGGAUGCUGUCCCGCGGACUAGUAGUUUUUGGCGAUUAAAUUUCGUUGAUACAGCCCUCUUAUUUCCUUCCUUAAUACGUGAGUAUGGUUGGGGGCUGAUUGCAUAAGCCUUUAGUCUCGAAAUUUUUUUACAUUUGAUGAAGUUAAAUUACUAUCCUGUCCAUUUUUUGAACGAAAAUUGU